AUGUCAGCGGCCUGUUCAAAUCAAUCGCAAACCAACGCCCAUUGCCAAGGUGUCCUUAUACGUUUACUCGUAAUAUGGUGCUCAAUUGCAAUACUUGAAUCCCACGAAAGUGUCGGUAAUCCGCUCGAGUUCUCGAUCGACGGCUUUGGAACGGUUCAAAUGAAGCAGGCAGCUACGAUCACGACGCCGAAAUCUGGUUUAGCAGCAGUUAACAUUGACAACAAUAUCUUUGAGGGCGUGCUAGCAGAGUACCCCGGAUCAUGGGUACUAGUCCUAGACGAUCAAAAGAAAUUUUCCGGCAUUGUUAGUAGGGACGGUCGCAACUAUGAGAUAUCUUUCGAACGACAUUUUCCGAACGAACAGUUCAGAGUAGCUGGCUAUGGGAAUUAUUCGCGACGGCCGGAAGUCACGAUUAACGAAAUCGACGAGGAAAAAUUUUACACGGACCCACUGGGUCAAUGCGAGCGUCAUCUGCCCGUAGUAUUCGCACCAGAACCACGAAACGAGGUGGUCGUCGUAGGAUUAAAAUCCAACGUGUACUGCAGGUUGCGGAUGGUUGCAGACCAUACAUUUUUUCGACGUAUCGGUCAAGGCUCCCUGGAGAGGACAGACAUAGAAAUCGGUUGGCUUCUCAAGGCUUUAAACCCUAUUUUCAUGAACACGGCGUUUCACGAUGAUGCUCGCAAGUUUAGGCGUAUUGGAUUUAAGAUCGGUAACACAACGGUGUACCAACGUCCGCAUAAUGACCCAAGCCACUUUAACAGCGCGUCACUGAAUAUGUCCAUCGAUAGAAUGUUGAUCUCAUUUUCCACGAACGAAAGUGAGGAAAACUCCGAUGCGUGUGGAGCCGUCCUCUUAACCGCUAGAGACUUCAGCCCUUGUAGCGAGCUUGGACUAAGCUUCGUGGGAAGUGUACAGACCGAGGCAGGAGUUUGUGCUCGGCCAAGACUAACUCCUUCUGGAACAAGGAUAACUCCGAAUGCGGUAGUUGUCACAGCCGUUUACCACGGAGAACUUAUAUCGAGAAUCGAACUGAUCCGGGCUUUGGCUCAUGAACUGGGCCAUCUGUGGGGUGCCGAACAUGACAGAGACGUCCACGCAAAAAAAUACAUAAUGUCUGAUUCUACCGCAAACCUCAGACGGGUGCAGACAUUUUCCAAGGCGAGUAUAGAGCAAAUGUCGACGUUUCUUAAAUUUAGACAAAGCUGCUUCGAGAAGCUGGGAUCCUGCGGCGAUGGAAAGGUCGACUCGGAUGAGUUCUGCGAUGAGGGUGUCAGAGGUGGGCCCUGUUGUACCGAGCACUGCCGUCUAAGGUCCGAGGCACAGUGCAGUCAGAAAAAUUACGGAUGCUGCGAGGAGUGCAAAUUCGCUCGAGCAGGAAAGCUUUGUCGAGCACCAAAUCACAGUGAGUGCCUACGUGCCGCAAGCUGUUCGGGUCAAAGCGAACAUUGCCCCGUAGCAAAGCCAGCUCAAGACGGCUCCGAGUGUCGAAAUCGAGGCAGAUGUUUAACCGGUGUAUGUCAAGACUAUUGUAAAUCUAUCGGUUUAGAAAGCUGUCGGUGCAACGGGUUGAACGCCUGUAGAAUCUGUUGUUGGCGACACGCACGAUGCGAGCCGGUUAAGCUAAGUCUCGAAGAUGGCACCAAAUGCGGGAAGGGCGGCGUUUGCGUCAGAGGCAAAUGUCAGGACUACUGUGCUGCCAAGCACAUGGAAGACUGCUUUUGCCCAGGGGUUGAUGCGUGUAAGAGAUGCUGUCUCCACGACGGGAUAUGCGGGCCAGCCCAUGGUAGUAAUGGCUUGCCUGAAGGAAGUCCAUGCUCCGUGCAUUUGAGCAAGUCGAUGGUGACUCUUGACCGGCUGACAACGGCAGAACGAUACGGCCUACGCAACAAACCUUCGUACCGCAUUUCCGUGCAGGACAGUAUGAUCGAUUCAGCUAACUCAUGGUGA